AUGGAUGUGGCCAUAGAAUUCUCUUUGGAGGAGUGGCAAUGCCUGGACACUGCACAGCAGAAUUUAUAUAGGAAUGUGAUGUUAGAGAACUACAGACAUCUGGUCUUUCUGGGUAUUGCUGUCUCUAAGCCAGACUUGAUCGCCUGUCUGGAGCAAGAAAAAAAGCCCUGGAAUAUAAAGAGACAUGAGAUGGUGGCCAAAGCCCCAGUUAUGUGUUCUCAUUUUUCUCAAGACCUUUUGGAAGAGGAGGGCAUAGAAGAUUGUUGCCAAAAAGUGGUUUUGAGAAGAUACGAAAAAUGUGGACAUGAUAAUUUACAGUUAAAAAUUGAUUGUACCAAUAUGGAUGAGUAUAGGGUGCACAAAGAAGGUUGUAAUAAACUUAACCAGAGUUUGACAACUACACAAAGCAAAAUAUUUCAGGGUGAUAAAUAUGCAAAAGUCUUUCAUAAGUGUUCAAAUUCAAACAGGCAUAAGAUAAGAAUUCAUACUGGAGAGAGGCCCUACAAAUGUGAAGAAUGUGGCAAAUCCUUUAUCUGCUCCUCAAGCCUUACUAAGCAUAAGAUAAUUCAUACUGGAGAGAAACCCUACAAAUGUGAAGCAUGUGGCAAAGCUUUUAAACAAUCCUCAACUCUUAUUACACAUAAGAAAAUUCAUGCUGGAGAGAAAACCUACAAAUGUGAACAAUGUGGCAAAGCUUUUAAACAACCCUCAACUCUUAUUAUACAUAAGAAAAUUCAUGGUGGAGAGAAACACUACAAAUGUGAAGAAUGUGGCAAAGCCUUUACAUGGCCUUCAAGCCUUUAUAACCAUAAGAAAAUUCAUACUGGAGAGAAGCCCUACAAAUGUGAAGAAUGUGGCAAAGCCUUUAACAGGUGGUCUUCAAGCCUUACUAAGCAUAAGAUAAUUCAUACUGGAGAGAAGCCCUACAAAUAUGAAGAACGUAAACACUACAAAUGCGAAGAAUGUGGCAAAGCUUUUAGCUGGCCCUCAAGCCUUACUAAGCAUAAGAUAAUUCAUACUGGAGAGAAACCCUACAAAUGUGAAGAAUGUGGCAAAGCUUUUAGACAAUCCUCUACUCUUACUACACAUAAGAAAAUUCAUGCUGGAGAGAAACACUACAAAUGUGAAGAAUGUGGCAAAGCCUUUACAUGGUCUUCAAACCUUACUAAACAUAAGACAAUUCAUACUGGAGAGAAACCCUACAAAUGUGAAGAAUGUGGCAAAGCUUUUAGACAAUCCUCAACUCUUACUACACAUAAGAAAAUUCAUGCUGGAGAGAAACCGUACAAAUGUGAAGAAUGUGGCAAAGCCUUUAACAAGCUUUCCACCCUUAAUAUGCACAGGGCAAUUCAUACUGGAGAGAAACCCUACAAAUGUGAAGAAUGUGGCAAACCCUUCAUCCGGUUAUCAAACCUUAUAGAACAUAAGAGAAUUCAUACCAGAAAUAAGUCCUGCAAAUGUGAAGAAUGUGGCAAAGCUUUUAGCCAGUCCUCAAGCCUUACUAAGCAUAAGAUGAUUCAUACUGGAGAAAAACCCUACAAAUGUGGAGAAUGUGGCAAAACUUUUAGACAAUCUUCAACUCUUAAUACACAUAAGAAAAUUCAUGCUGAAGAGAAGAACUACAAAUGUAAAGAAUGUGGCAAAGCCUUUAGAUGGUCUUCAAGCCUUACUAAGCAUAAGAUAAUUCAUACUGGAGAGAAACCCUACAAAUGUGAAGAAUGUGGCAAAGCCUUUAACAAGUUCUCAACCCUUACUACGCACAAGGCAAUUCAUACUGGAGAGAAACACUACAAAUGUGAAGAAUGUGGCAAAACCUUUAGGUGGUAUUCAAGCCUUAGCAAGCAUAAAAGAAUUCAUACUUGA